UCCGUCCUCCCGGGGGGAUGCGGGAGGAAGACGGCGGCGGCGGGGCGGCCGCGGGGAAGGGGCAGCGCUACCGGUCCUGCCUUCCCCUGCCGAGGGGGAGCGGCGCGGGCCGAGGCCAUUAGUCGGCGUGUGCGGGACGGAACAGUCGGGGCCCGGAGCUCCGCAUCCUGAGGGACAGGGCGCGGCGCGCCGAGACGGCGGUCAGCGGUACCCGGCUGACCGGGCGAACGGCGGUGAUCAGGCGUGUCGUGUUUGAGUCCGCUUAUCGGUGCCUUCCAUCAAGAGAGCAGAUCCUGCCGAACUACGAAGUAUCUUUUUGCAGUAUGCCAGUGUUGAGAAAGAUGGAGAGCAUUACAUGACCCCAGAAGAUUUUGUGCAGAAAUACUUAGGACUUCAUACAGAUCCACGUUACAAUCCUAAAACAGUACAGCUGUUGGCUGGAGUGGCAGAUCAAACUAAAGAUGGGUUGAUUUCCUUUCAAGAAUUUUCGGCAUUUGAAUCUGUUUUGUGUACUCCAGAUGCAAUAUUCAUUGUUGCUUUUCAGUUAUUUGACAAGAGUGGCAAUGGAGAAGUAACGUUUGCAAAUGUCAAAGAAGUGUUUGAACAAACUACUAUUCAUCAUCAAAUCCCCUUCAACUGGGACUGUGAAUUCAUUCGGCUGCAUUUUGGACAUAACAGAAAGAAGCAUCUUAACUAUACAGAGUUCACUCAGUUUCUUCAGGAGCUGCAGUCAGAACAUGCAAGACAAGCCUUUGCAUUGAAGGACAAAAAUAAAAGUGGCAUGAUUACUGGGCUGGACUUCAGUGAUGUCAUGGUUACCCUUCACUCCCAUAUGCUGACACCAUUUGUGGAAGAAAAUUUAGUUUCAGUAGCUGGUGGAACUGUUUCACAUCAGGUCAGCUUCUCCUACUUCAAUGCAUUUAAUGCCCUUUUGAAUAACAUGGAUCUCAUUAGGAAGAUAUACAGUAAUAUAGCAGGUACAAGAAAAGAUGUUGAAGUCACAAAAGAGGAAUUUACCCAGUCUGCAAUACGAUUUGGACAAGUUACACCGUUGGAAAUAGAUAUUCUUUACCAACUUACAGGUUUAUACAGCGUUACUGGGCGAUUAACUUUGGCAGAUAUUGAGAGAGUAGCACCACUAGCUGAGGGUGCAUUACCUUACAACUUGGCAGAACUUCAGAGGCAGCAAUCGUUUGCAGAGUUAAGCAGGCCUAUCUUGCUCCAGAUAGCUGAGUCAGCCUACAGGUUCACUUUGGGCUCAGUUGCUGGAGCUGUUGGUGCUACAGCAGUAUAUCCCAUAGACCUGGUGAAAACUCGUAUGCAGAAUCAGCGCUCCACUGGUUCAGUCGUAGGAGAGUUGAUGUAUAAAAACAGCUUUGACUGCUUUAAAAAGGUUUUGCGUUUUGAAGGCUUUUUUGGUCUUUACAGAGGCUUGUUACCACAACUGAUAGGUGUUGCUCCAGAAAAGGCUAUUAAGCUAACUGUUAAUGACUUUGUCAGAGACAAAUUUACUAAGAGAGAUGGUUCCAUCCCACUCCCUGCAGAGAUCCUUGCUGGAGGCUGUGCAGGAGCUUCCCAGGUCAUCUUCACUAAUCCACUGGAAAUUGUAAAGAUUCGGCUGCAGGUAGCGGGAGAAAUUACUACAGGACCCAGAGUCAGUGCCCUCUCUGUCAUGAAAGAUUUAGGCCUUCUUGGUCUCUAUAAGGGUGCCAAAGCUUGUUUCCUCAGAGACAUUCCCUUUUCUGCAAUCUACUUUCCUGUUUAUGCUCAUAGCAAACUGAUGCUCGCUGAUGAAAAUGGCCAUGUGGGAGGGCUUAAUCUCCUUGCAGCUGGAGCCAUUGCAGGUGUACCUGCUGCUUCUUUGGUAACCCCUGCUGAUGUCAUCAAGACAAGACUGCAAGUGGCAGCUCGCGCCGGUCAGACAACAUACAGUGGAGUUAUUGACUGUUUCGGAAAGAUUCUAAGGGAAGAAGGCCCUUCGGCUUUUUGGAAGGGAGCUGCAGCUCGUGUGUUCAGAUCUUCGCCCCAGUUCGGUGUUACUUUGGUCACUUACGAACUUCUGCAGAGGUGGUUUUAUGUCGAUUUUGGAGGCCUCAAACCUUCUGGAUCAGAACCUACCCCGAAAACUCGAAUUUCGGAUCUUCCUCCCGUUAACCCUGAACACAUAGGCGGAUACAGACUUGCUACAGCUACAUUUGCCGGUAUAGAAAAUAAAUUUGGUUUGUAUCUUCCCAAGUUUCGAUCUUCUGUCACUGUCUUAGCUCAACCACAAAGUAGCAGCUGAAUCCCAAAGAGACAUUUCAGCCUCUGAAAGUGAUGCAGUGCUAGAAAUUCACAAGAAUAGUACUGUUUUUUUCCAGUCAGCUGCAUGUUUUUCUUGCUGAACUGAGAUUGCUAAUCAAAUUACUCCUUUCUAAUAUUGAUAUACACACAUUUACCUGUUUCUGAACUAGUUGCACAUAAACUGACUAAAGCUUUGGGUCUAUGCCUUGUUUUUAACAAGUGGCAUGAAUGUGUUAAGCCUAAGCUUUGCCUUGCACAGCUUGCAUUUAAUGUUACUGUACAUAUUGUACAUCUUUGUACAGAGACAUCAUGGCAUCUCUACACAUUUAUAUAAUGGAUAUUGCAGUUUGAAAUGUACAGAAUGUUUGGAAGGCUUUUUGUUAAGACUCAUGUGACAAUAAAGUAUUUAAAACCACUUAAGUCAGUUUAUUCCUUCCUGGCUAUAGAGAAGUUGUCCAAUAUGAUUUUUCUUCUCUGCAGAUUUCAGACUAAAGGUUAAGGAUUAGAUGCAGCCCUUUAAUGAACGUAUGGUGCAGUAUGUAGCCUCUGCAGGAAUGCCAUUUACUCUGACCUAGUUACAGCAAACGUAUUAAGACGCAAGGUACUGGCUUGUAAGUAUAAAAGAACACAGUACUUAGAUGAGCACAUGCAGUGUUUUAUUUUACAGCACUGUUUUGCAACAAAGAAUUCUCCCAAAGCACAUGAUAAUACCAAUUCUGUAUUAGAUCUUACCUCUAUGGUAGCAUAUCUAAAGUAUGAAAUAUUUGUCCAUUAUUAAAAGACUCAUGAUUUUUUUUUGACAGGAUUACUUGGAGCAUUUGUCUUUGAGUAGCAAAUUGCACUAAAGUAGUGCAAUAGCUCUGGUACUACCACAUUCCAAAUCAGAACUACAGGGGAUAGUACAGGGGAACUAAGAAGCUGUGGCCAACUCUCACUGCUGCAAUGUAUGUCUGGGCAGAUCUACAUGAUCUCUUACAUGAUCUAGGAAACCAACCUUUUAAAUGUUUGACAAAUUAAUGUUGAAUAUUACUUAAUUCUGAUGUCUUUCCUAAGCCAAGUGACAUCAGCUGUGCUUCUGAUAGUGGAGAGUGAAGUAUUGCACAAAGAAUAGAAACACCACCUCACCUGCCCAGCAGUUAGUAUCUGAUUUCUACUACUGUGUGUGAAAUAAAUAAAUGCAUAACUGUCCCUAUUAACAAAAUUCCUUCAUCUUCCACUCAGGAAGCCUCUAUAACUGUAGCAAAAUAUGACUGUAGUCCAUCUACCCCAGUGUCCAAAUGCACAAAGAUUCACAGCAGGAGGACAAAGAAUUCCAGAGUGGAGAACUUUCUGUAACAUUCACUAUCUUUCUAGGUAGUUUUUACACUGACAGACUAAGUGACAAUAUGUUAUUUGUAUUUUGUUAUGUAAAGGAAAAAAAAACAACCAAGAAAGCUCUUCUCAUAAACAGAACUGACUUGCUAGACUGAGAAUAAAUUCCAGUUGGGCAGAAUGCAAAGUAAAAGGAAAGGAGAAGUUUGAACUCUUCUGGUUUACUUUUAAACUUAGGAUACAGAGAAAACAGUCCUAAGGGAAAAGAAGUUAAACCACCCACAAAGGCAGGAAGAAGGUAGGUGGAUUUCCAGCUUUCCUUGUUUAAGUAUCACCAUCUCCAGUCUUUAGUUUUACAGUUUUAUAGUUUCUUUCAGGGUUAAACAGCCAGGGAAACAGUGAGCCCCACUGGUACCAACUAUUGCUCAGCCCGUAGCCUCUAUGAAGAGUUUUAGUUGGCUUGCAAAGAAGCAGCUUAUUAAAAACUGAACUUCAGUUCUAGCUUGUAACCAAGAUAAAGCAUCUUUUCAAUGAUGAAUAACAUUUAGUGAGUUAGACAUUACAAUACCCUGAAUCAGAUGUUUGAUCUCUUUGCUGUAACAUGUAUAUAACUCUAUUAAGUGGUUUUUAGUUUUUUUUUUUUUACUGUUUAAAAAAUUACCUACUUUUGCAGUUCUGUAGAUACAGGUCUCCUGGGAACACUCUUUCCUUUAUCUGUAUAUUUUAUUCUUUUUUCUUCUAAAGAGAUACAGACAUGUGAAGUACCCACUGGCAUUUAAUAUCAGUCACAACUUGUUGACUGACUGGAUCAGCCCUGGAAGGCUUUCCAAUGUGAGAACUGCCAUAGCUCUAAAACCGGACAGUGCUGCUCCCAGGACGAUCAUUUACAGUAACUGGCACCACUGCUGGUCUCAACUUUGCAAAGAGGGUUUUAAAACUUGCUUUGAUCUGCACAUAACCAUUUUCUGAAUGAGGAACACAAGCAGGAAUACAGAACAAUACUGCUAAGUUACAAAAAAGUUAAAAUCAUUUAAAACUAAAUCCGUAUGAUCUAUAUGUAUGCUUCAAGUCUGAAGGAAACGUUAUUAAAGGAGAAGUGAUGGUAUUGAGGGAAGGAGGAGAACCUUCUGUUUGUAAGUAUUAUUGUGCCUAAGGGGUAAAAAUCACCACAUGAUGUUCUUCAUGUAUUUCUCAACCAAACAGCUGCUGUUGUAAUACUGAAAAAAAAAAAAAAAUACAAGGCAAAUUUCAAACUGAAGAGCAUGACUGUACUGGAAAUAGAGGGUAGACUUCUGACAAGCCAACACUGGGGGAAGCCUACAGCCAUUUCCCUUUCAAACCCACAGAAGAAGGGAACCUCUUUAAGACAGAACUGCUGCUACAGCUGUCAGUAUCUUUAUGAACUGCUUGUAAUGGAACUGAAACAAAGAUACACUCCAAAACCUAAGAAAAACUGUGCAAACAAGAAUAAGUUUGAGUAAGCUGGAAAAUAAACCUGUAUCCCACUUGUGAGCAUAAAAAAAAAAAUCUUCUGAAAAAUCAUAGCUUGUAGCAGAUUAAGAAUGAGAGAAACUAAACUUUAGUUGUUCUGACUUGGAUUUAGAGUCCUAAGCUGUCACAGGCAUCAGUACUUGUUUAGUGCUUAGCUGGUACAAGUCAGAAUACUUGCUUUAAAUUAUUUAAAAAAUCCUGAACCUGAAGCUAACAAAAAUAAAAGGGGGAGAAGAUGUUUGAUGGGAAAGCUUAUAAUAUCCUAGGAGAGGUUUAUUAAGAAAUACAGCCUUUCACAGAAAUUGUAACAUUCCAUUUCCAAGCUGUUGAGAGGUUUUUGAUUCAAAAGAGAUGCUAAAAAGCAGCAAGAAAAUUUUUCUUUGUCUUCAUA